GUUCGCGAUGCUAUUAUCGGCCUUGUAGACGGCCUUACGGUACCUUUCGCUUUAACGGCUGGCUUGUCUUCGUCAUGUGACGCUAACGUCACAACAUCCUCGGCGGCCCCGCGGAGCUCUUCUCGGGAAGCAUCAGCAUGGGUCUCGGCGCGUACCUCGUAGCCCUGACAGAUCGCAACCACUAUGACGUCGAAAUUGAGCGCGAGCGACGGCAAGUCCUCAACUAAGCGGAUCAGGAGGAUCAAGAGAUGUAUAAGUUUUUUGCUGGUUAUGGGUUGGGUAAGGUGGUUUGCCCGCUUGCGAGGCAAUUUAAAGGUGAUCCAGAGGCUUUAUGGUGGUCUUUGAGCUUAAGCUGGAAAGGCCGAAGAACUCCAAGUGGUUGGAAAUCAGCACUAGGAAUGGGAGUAUCAUACUUCCUCGCUAAGUUCUUCGGAUACCUCUGGUUUCAAUUUGCUCACAAUGGUGGACUCAUCCCCAUGAUCCCUUACUUCGCAGUAAACAAUGUGGAUAGAGCGCUCUUCAACUCUAGUGUUACAUGUGUCGUAUUGCUCAUCUUCGGGUAUUGCAAAGCUAUUACAACAGGGACGACGAAUAAUUCGGCGCUGUAUGGCGCGAUGGAGGCGCUGGCUAUUGAGGGUGUGAGUUAUUAGAUUGUGAGGGUGUGAAUCAGGGGCUAUGUGGAAUAAUGUGGAAUAUGGGAAUGGAAAGCCUAUAGUUAAAGUUUUAGGUUCGUUAGAUAGAUGUUUUUUUGCUGGUCGGGUCACGAAUAGAGGCUGACACCGUUUUUAAAUUGUACACCGAAAUCAACGCAGCGAAAUACGAUCCGAAUUGUAGAAAUUCGAACUCUAAUUUUACAGUUUAAACACGGUAUAAUACAUGUAAUAACUACUCGUGAAAAGAAACCAAG